CACACACACACACACAGAGAGAGAGAGAGAGCGAGACGCUAGUCGCUAGUCAGUCGGUAUCUGUGAGAUCUAUAACGUCAGCUGCUGUAUAUUUGUGUUCACGCGUAUUUCUGUGUUUUAGUGUCGUAUUCAGUAGUACGAGUGAGUGUUACCGGCUUCAAAUCUCUGAUUUCUGUCAGUGUUCAGGCCUGUCUGAGCACGAACACACCUACAGGACUGAACCGACCUCACCAUGGACAAAGCAGAUUUCCUAAAAGGUCUACCUGUGUACAACAAGACAAACUUCAGCAGAUUUCACGCGGACUCUGUAUGUAAAGCAUCGAACAGAAGGCCGUCAGUGUAUCUGCCUACACGAGAGUAUCCCUCCGAACAGAUCAUUGUCACAGAGAAGACUAAUAUCCUUUUGCGUUAUCUUCAUCAACAGUGGGACAAAAAGAAUGCAGCUAAAAAGCGAGAGCAGGAGCAAGCAGAAGGGGAGGGCGGCAGCCCAGCGCCUCCCCGCAAAAUCGCCCGGACAGAUAGCCAGGAGAUGAACGAGGACUCCUAGAGGAACCCACCAUCCGACAGCACAAGAACGGACACAACAAGCCCAAACACCCGCACGCCACACAGGAAUUUCAUCUCAGAAAGAAAGGAAAUGGAAGAACACUUCUCUUACAGUGUGCUUUUUUUAAUUUUACUGAGUGCUUCCUGAUGCAGUCAGUGCCCCUCACCCAGCCCGUCUGCCCGGUUCUGAACGUGCGAGGCACGACGGGUUUCACUGCCAGCUUUGACGAUUCUGCUGAACUCUGAAUCACGAUAUAUGCGGUGGGGGGUAUAGCGAUAUUCAACAAGCACAUAAUAACGAAUGUCUGCUAAGAAGACGUGUGUGAAAUUUGAUUUGUUAGGAGACGUAAUGCAGUGUAAAAGUUUAAAAACACCAUAGUAAUCUCAGCUGUGAAUGACUGCUUUCAAGAUAUACUCCAAACACACAGGGUCUCUCUCUUCUGUGUCCAAAAAGGGAAAAUUCAGAAAUGUACAGCCACGUUCGGCAGAUUUAGAUGUAGUAUUUUGUGUUGGUAAUGUGACGGUCUUCCUAGCAGGUGCAUACUUGUGCAUGAAAGCACUGUUAGGACUGUUUUCUGUUGUCACAGGUUGAGGAUAACAUUUCGGGUCAUGUAAACAAAUACAAAUGUCAGUCUCUUUCACUUCCCCCGCUGUCAUAUAGGUUUUCAGUGCUGUGUUCGUUCCACACUCAUAAACGGAUCACUUGCCUUCAGAUGCCUGGCUCGAUAUUUGACUUGAUCCCUGUGUGCGGAUUCAGUUUCAGUCUGUUUGCCUUCUAAAUAUGAUGGAAUUUUCCCAGGUUCGAGUUUAAUAGUGUCUCCCCUUUAUCUGGAUUUGUGGUUUUAAUUUGGUGUUCUGAGAUUUAAGGUGCAGCGAUGCAGCAGUUCCUCUUUUAACCUGCAGAGGGAGUCGGUGAGCUGUGGUUGCAGGAUGAUAGGCUACAAUAAACAGGAGGAGCUUUACACAUGAGGCUUAAUACUUAAAGCAAGCGUGCUUUUGAGUCCACAAGUAUACUGUUUUCAUUGUGGCUGGAGACAUGAUGUGAGGUUAAGUCAGCUGUUUCAAGCCAUUUGCCUGCGAAAUUCUUUCUUGUUGAAAAGAUUUAAAUUUAUUGAAGCCAUCAACAUUAACAAAAAAGAAUGCAUGCAACAUGUUUUGAG